AUGGUUGUUGAUUGGCUCCUGGACCAGUGGGCCCCAACACUUCGAUCACCACCCCGCGUCAGGAUUGCGUGCGAUGGAUUUUUGGUGUUGCUCAACACCUUUAGUGACAAUCGAGUCACACCACAACAAGCCCAGUUUGACCUGGUCUCCUCUAUCCGGGAGGCACUUGCCCGCUCCAGGGCCUCGUGGGAACCUAGCCACGUGUACGGUCACCUUGAUAAGGCGACAUCCUUUUUGUGCCUCUCUUGGUGGUCCAAACGGAACGUGGAAGUGGACGCGUGGGCGGUUGCUUAUCGCCACCAGCUUGAAGCUUCUCACCAACUGAUUGCACCCAACGCUCGUUUCUUUACCGAAUUGGCUGCCCUCUACAUCGGUGACGUCAAACAGUCGCGAUUGAAUCCAGAACAUUUCCAGGAACUGGUGGCGCUGCCUGCUCUCCGCAAGCGAUGGCACGAGCGGCAGACGAUUACACCAGAGGCAGAGCUGGAGACCGAUUGGACCAGUCUGGCUCGCGCCAUGAUCUCCCUUCCGGUAGGUGUCCAACGCUGGACUACAAAGCAUAUUGUGGGUAUGUGUGGUGUGGGGAAGUUCAAAGUCCGGUGGGGUUCCGCAGACUCAGCUGCGUGCCCCUGCUGCGGCGAGUUCGAGGACCACCUUCAUGUUCCUCGAUGUAUGGCGCCCUCGGCAAGUGCGGAAUGGGAGCGCCGGACGGCGACCUUGGACCAAUGGCUGGACGCUCAAGUCACUGACCCAGCCAUCAAACACGCUAUCCUUCAUCUUCUUCAAGGAGUUCGUGAUUCGUCCCUACCUUGCAGUCGGUUGGUCCCGGUUCGUCUUCGCCGCGCUUUCCUCUCCCAACAACGCAUCGGCUACCAAGGUUUAUUGGAAGGCCGGCUGUCUGUUCAGUGGGCGGCCCUGCAGGAACAGUACCUUCAGUCACGAGGGAGCCAAC